AUGUGUGUGAUACAGCUACUAACUCAUUUUGUGUUUGUUAAAGCUACAACUGGUGAAGUGUAUUCCAGGUAUCCCAUUAUAAAACCUCUGAGAUCAAGGUUUGACUUGCCUGAUAACAGUUUCAACUUCUCAAGACUAAAUAGAAGUGACUAUGUUACAACAUCUAUAAGGAACUUCAAAGUGACUAAAAUGUAUAUGAAGAAGUCUGACAUAGCUCAAGCUCAGAAGGUCAAGGACAAAGAGUCCAUUGUAAAAUCUAGAUUGGUAUGGAUUCCCAAGAAGUUCAACUUAGUGAAUUUACUUGUGUAUACAGCUUUCAAGGCCUGUAACAAAGUGGACAGAUGGUAUAUUGAUAGUGGUUGCUCAAGACAUAUGAAAGGUGAUGGUUCUAAAUUUAUUACUUUGAAACAAUUUGAUGGUGAAGAUGUGAUCUUUGGAGAUAAUCAGAAGGCUAAAAUUGUUGGUAUUAGCACUGUGAGCAAGUCUGAAGAAUUACUAGAGAUUCAAGAAGUUCUACUUAUUGAAGGACUCAAACACAAUUUUCUCAAUGUAAGUCAAUUGUAUGACAGUGGAAGGACUAUGUGUUUUGAUAAAGAGAAGUGCAAUGUGGAUGAUCUUAAAUCAAAACAGGUUCUGUUCUCAGCAUGUAGAUCUUCUGGAAAUGUUUAUACUGUCAUUAAAGAAUUCCAAACUACUCAAUGCAACUUGACAACCUCUGAUAAAGCUAAUCUGUGGCACAAGAGACUAGGGCAUCUUCAUUUAAGAAAUUUAUCCAAGAUUUUGAAACGAAAAGCUGUCAAAGGACUUUCAGAACUUAACUUUAAAGAUGAUCAUCUCUGCAAAGCCUGUCAAUAA